AUGAGCGAAGCUCCGCCUGAAAAGUCAGCUGUAUCUUACAGCAUAACACCGGGCACUCAGUCCGAAAAGAACAAUGAUGAUGCGCCAGAACUUCAGGCAAUUCUGGUUGACUUUGACGACGAAUUUCCUCAUCCAAAUCAAUGGCCCUUUACUCGACGUUGGGCCAUAACAGUUCUCAUCACGCUCCUUAAUGUGCUGGUCAACCUGUCCACAACGAUCGUGGCCCCGUCACUAGACAAGAUAUGCGCCGAGUUGAAAAUGGACCCCAAUAUCGAAGGGCCGCUGACAAUAUCUGCAUAUGUCCUGAUGCUUGCGCUGGGACCGCUGCUGCUGGCGCCCUUUAGUGAGCUGUGGGGGCGCGUACCGUUGAUCCACGCCGGUAACCUAGUGUAUGCGGUGUUCAAUCUCGCGUGCGGCUUCGCGCAAAACAGGGCACAGCUUGUGGCAUUCCGAGUAUUGUCAGGAUUCGGGAGUGGUGCAAGUCCUGUGGUGGGAAUCGGAAUGAUCAGCGAUCUUUUCCCAGCGGAGCAGCGUGGCAAAGGCCUCGCUGUGCUCAACAUGGCCUUCAUUCUCGCGACCCCGAUCGGUGCUAUUGUGGGCGGCUUCACUAGCUACUCGGCAUCCUGGCGCUACGACUUCUACGCCACCUCCGCCGUCUCCGGUGUUCUGAUCAUGAUUAGCGCCCUCGUCUUCCGCGAGACCUAUCCUCCUGUCGUCCUUGGCCGCCGAAAGCAGCAGCUUCUCAAGAACGAUCCCAGCCAUGGUAUUUAUAGGACGCCCUACGAUAAUGACCACCACACCCUGGCGGCCCUCUACUACAAGACUCUUAUCCGCCCAGUCCAGUUCCUGACUACACAGCCUAUCAUCCAGCUACUCUCCCUCUAUGCCGCCAUCAUGUACGGAACUACAUACCUCAUCUUCUCAACUUUCCCAACACUCUGGGAAAAGCACUACGGAGAACCCAAGGAUCUCGCCUCGUUGCACUUCAUCGCACCUGGAAUCGGCUACUUCAUCGGCAUUCAGAUCGGCAUGUUCACCGCCGACCGCAUAUACCUAGCGCUGAAGCGACGAAACCAUGAUGAAGGGCGCCCGGAAUUUCGCCUCCCACUGCUGGCCGUCAGUGCGGUGUGCGCUCCACCCGCCCUCUUUUGGUAUGGCUGGACGGCCGAGGCGAAGCUGCAUUGGUCCGUGCCGAAUGUUGCCAUCGUGUUCCUGAUGUGUGGAUGCACCAUUGUCUUCCAAUGUGUCACGGCCUAUUAUAUCGACGCGUUCCCGCUCUAUGCCGCCAGUGCAUCGGGUUCAUCGUUCCUCCUGAGAGGUCUCUGCGCCUUCGGAUUCCCCUUGUUUGGGCCCUCCAUGUACGAGCACCUCGGCUACGGCUGGGGAAACAGCCUUUUAGGGUUCCUGGCAUUGGCCGUAGCGGUGCCGGUGCCCUUGGUGCUGUGGUUCUAUGGGGAGCGUUUGCGGAGAGUCAGCAGUUAUACCAUGUAA